AUGGAGGGCGCGAGGAUCCGAACGGCGCGGGGCUACGGCGGCAACGAGUCGGUGUCGGUGGGCGACGGCAUGAGCAUCUUCGGCCAGAGCCAGAGCCAGAGCAUCGACGUGCGGCGCCGCGGCAAGCCCCGGCGGCGAGCCACCCUGCCCAAGGUCGUCAAGAAUGUGUCGUAUGAUGUCAAGCAGGUGGCCAGGUCCGGGUCCGGCACUGACAGGCUGCCGCACCGGCGUCCGCCCGCCACGCCGGAGAGGGAGAAGGAGAAGGCGCGGGUGGGUCCUGAGCUGUUCGCGGGCAAGACGCUGGAGCAGCUGGUGGAGCAGGCCGACGCCAAGGCGGCGGGGUCGCACGGGCCGGACAAGGAGAGGGCGCGCCCCGUCGCUGCCGCGGAGCUUGAGCCGCCGGCGGUCGUGGCCAAGAAGCAGCUGGAGCGGCAGGGGUCUCGCACGUCGGAGCUCCUCAAAGGACCGCGCGCGAACGUCGUCGUCGAGGCGCCCGGCGGUGGUGCUCGGCCGCUGGAGUCUAGCGGCGGCACCACGUACGCCGAGGUGAUGCGGGAGCUGGACCGCGUCAAGAGGGAGCUGCGGGAGCUGCAGCGCGAGGUGAAGGCCACGAGGGAGGCCAAGGGCGGCAUGGCCAUGGCCGAGGAGGACGCGUCGUCGAGGAGCCCUGGUUCGGUCGUCGCCCACGGCGCGAAGGAACGACCUGAUGCCGACCACGAAGCGAAGGAGGUGCGCGUCGCCUUUGAGCUCACCGGAGCCGGCCGGUCGUCUACCAGGGAGACGGAGGAGGAGGUCACGAGGUGGACGCCGCCGACCAUGGGGCUGCAGAGAGGUGCGAUCAUGGGCCGCCAGAGCGUGUCGAGCGAGCUCGAGGCGUGGCUCACCGCGGCGAGCUCCGACGACAGGCGACUCCGCCACGGCUUCGGCCACUCCUCGGACUCGGAGAUCACCGACGAGGGGCACGACAGCUCGCCGUCGCUACAGGCGGCGGAGGCCAAGCUGGACAUGGCGCGGGCGGAGCUCGAGUCCGCCAAGGGAGAGAGCCUCCAGUUCACGGCGUCCAUGGAGCGCACGCGCACGGAGGCGGCGCGGCUGGCCGAGGAGAUCGGCCGGCUGGAGGAGCAGGAGAAGAAGGCCGGCGCGCAGGUGCGGCAGCUGGAAGCCGCGCUGCGCGACGCCAAGUGCCGCCUGGGCGCCGUCACGGCCGCCGACGAGAUGGCCGGCGAGAUCCUCGCGGACCUGGAGGCGACGCUGCGGCAGCUGGAGGAGGAGACGGAGGCGGCGGAGAAGGAGAAGGCGCUGAUGGAGCAGGAGGGCCAGUGCGUCCAGGACGACGCGGACAGCGUGGACGCCGAGAUCGCCGCCGCCGAGCAGAGGAUCAGGGGCUCGAUCAGGGAGCUGGAGGCGGCGAGGGCGUCGGAGGCCGCGGCGACGGAGAGGCUGAGGGCCGCCGUGGAGGGUGCGGCGAUGGAGAGGGCGUCCAUGGCGCCGCGGAGGUCCGGGAACGUGACGCUCCCGAGGUUCGAGUACGAGUACCUGACCGGCCGCGCCGAGGUGGUCCGCGCGGUCGCCGACAAGAAGGUGGCGGCGGCCGAGGCGUGGGUGGAGGCGCGGCGGGCCGGCGAGAAGGAGAUGAUCAUGCGGGCCGAGGCGAUCGAGAGGGAGCUCGGGGCCGUGGACGAUGAGAGCGCGGCGGGGCAGCGGAGGCCGCAUGACGGCCUGCAGCGCGCACACACGUCGAGGCGAGCCGCGAUGGUGAAAGGCUCGUCGGCGGCGACAUCAAGGAGGACGCCAUCGCCGCCGCCGUCACCUUUGGCACGGCACCCGCGGGCGCAGACGCUCGCCAUAAGAAGCUAUCUGAAGCUCGUCGGCGGGAAAUGCACGAGGCCAUGA